UGUUUUUAAAAAAAUUGUGAUGGCAAUAUAACGUGAAAGCAAAUUUGGCAUAAAAUUGUCCACAUCACUAAACUAUAGUAGAGUAUUAAAUUGAAGGGAAGCUCAUGACCUCAUCCAUAAAAUUGAAGUGCUAUUCUAUUUCUAUCUCAUUCUUUCUCGGACCAUUGAAGUGUCCUCAAGCAUUUUUUUUUACUAAUAAACCCUCCUCCUUGGCUUUCUACCAUUGAUCUUCAAUCAAAGAAAAUCCUACAUAUAUUAGAAUGUUGAUGAGCACACUCUUCAACUCCAUUGACCCCUUUCAUCUCAAAACCUCUUCUUUUUUCCCAAAUUCACUUUCCACUAAUCUCACUUUAUCCUUCAGACCCAAUUCCCCAAUUGCCGCCCCUCGUAGACCCAUUAAAUGGCACAUCAGUGCUUGUGCAGCUGGUCAAGAAAUCGAUAUGGAAAGAACCAAACAAGGAUUAUACACAGCAAAGCCUAAGAAAGUUGUAAUCUUGUGGGACUUAGACAACAAACCACCACGAGGCCCACCGUACGAGGCUGCCAUGUCGCUGAAAAGGGUAGCACAAUGUUUUGGGGAAGUUGUGGAUAUGUCUGCAUAUGCUAAUCGCCAUGCUUUCAUACAUCUUCCUCAAUGGGUUGUUGAAGAAAGGCGUGAAAGACGACAUCUUGAUGUUCUUGAACGUAAAGGGGUUGUAACCCCAUCUGAACCUUACAUAUGUUCUGUAUGUGGACGAAAAUGUAAGACCCAUAUGGAUUUAAAGAAGCAUUUUAAGCAGUUACACGAAAGGGAAAGGGAAAAAAAGCUUAGUCGAAUGAGGUCACUAAAAGGCAAGAAAAGACAGAGAUUUAAAGAGAGGUUUGUUGUUGGUAAUUAUAAGUAUAUAGAGGCUGCUAAGAGUUUGAUAACACCCAAAGUGGGUUAUGGUUUAGCAUCUGAAUUGAGAAGAGCUGGAGUUUAUGUAAAGACUGUGGCAGAUAAGCCACAGGCAGCAGAUUGGGCAUUGAAAAAGCAAAUGCAGCAUUCAAUGAGUAGAGGGAUUGAUUGGUUGUUUUUGAUUUCUGAUGAUUCAGAUUUUUGUGAUAUGUUGAGGAGGGCAAAGGAAGCAAAUUUGGGAACAGUAGUUGUUGGGGAUUGGGACAGGGCAUUGGGGAGGCAUGCUGAUUUAUGGGUUCCAUGGAAUGGGGUAGAAAAUGGAGAGAUAACAGAGAAGGAUUUAGUGUUGAAGAGUGAGAGGAGGAGGGAGUCUUGGGAUAGAAGUAAUGCACGGUUUUCUGUAAGUGAGUUCAAUGGUGGGAUAAGAGAGGAGGGUACUAGUUUAGGAAGUUUGAUGGAUGACAUUGUUGAGAAGUUGGAGUCUUCUGGCACGAGGAUUUCAGCUUUCUCCGAAGGGGAGGAGGAUGAAGAACUGGAUGAGGAUGACUGGCUUCGAGCAAGAUCAGAUCAAUUAGGUGAUGAUGAAUAUAAUACAGAGAACUUCAUAGUCAGCGACGAAGAGGAAGGGGACUACUUCUUGGACAGUGAGGACGAAGAUACAGGUGAGAUUUUAUAAAGUGCUGAACUGCUGAUGAAAGCAAUAAGACAAACAACAGUUUGGCAUUGGUUUGUCGAAAGAUUUAUGCGAAUUGAUUGAGAUAAAGCGUAUGCUCUGUGAAAAUGAGGUUUUAUGAAAGGUGGCUAAAGCAAUUUGACAUAUUGACCAAGUCUGUCUUUGUCAGUUAAGCUAUCUUAGAGUAUGUGAGGUAACACAGAUGUAAUCUGACCUUUGAUAAUGAAAAUAUUGCUUUGAAAGUUUACAGUGGUUGUAUUCCUUUCACAAAAUUUCUACAAGGUCAUGUUGUGCUUCUUAGCUUAGGGGAACAUUGUCACAUAUUUGAAUAUAAUACACGACUAAUUCCAUUUUUGGGAUUCCCUUCAAA